UGUGACGCAGGAGGUGGGUCUUUCCCCAGGGUCGCAGACAUCGGCAGUCCAAGGGCGCCCGUGGUCAGCUCGGCCACCAUUAUGUCGAAGGAUGGAGCGAGCUCGAGCGGCAGUGUAGUCAAGGGCGAUGGAACCGGUAGUGCUGGGCUUGGGGGUGAUGCUAGUGGUGGCUCGGGUACAAGCACGAGCUCGCAUGUUCCACUGCUGCGGCGGGCGGUGCGCAAGUCGGUGGUGGCGUCGAGGCUGAAGAGUGUGCUCGCGGCGGCCAAGUCGUCUGCGGCCGACGGCGGCGAGCCGGGCACCGAGGCUGAGUCAGCGGACCCGCCGCGGAGUGCGAAAAAGUCUGCGGCGGCUCGGUUUGCAGCGAUUGCGCGCAAGGCGAGGGCGAGCGCCGGCGGGGCGGCGGGGCCUGCGGUCAAGGUCCGGGCAGCGGUGGAGGCGUUCUCGGCGGUUGUGCGCCGCAAUCGCGAUGUGGCUGAUCACAGUGACACCGAGCCAAAAGCUGAAGCAGGGUCGUCGUCGCCAGCUGGCCAGGAAGCCUUGGUUGUUGAAGUCGCCGAGACAGGCGAGCGGCCGGGUGCUACGCGGCCACCGAUGCUGGUCAUUCCCGAGGGCGGAAAUGACGAGCUGGUGCAGGAGGCGUCGGAGGCAAUUGAGCUGCUCAAGCAAGACCCGCCGAUCCAAAAGGCCGGGUACGGCGGCGAGUCUGGAUGGGACUUUCCCGAGUUUGACAAGGAUGCAGUGGUGGCGUCACUUGGGCUGACGGACGAGCGGCUAUGUGACUACCGCGAGGCAUUUGAAGAGGCUGAUCUUGACGGCAACGGGUACCUCUCGCUCCACGAGUUCAAGUCGUGCACGUACAUUCUCGGGCACGCGCGGUCGCCGGCGUUUGUGCAGCGAGUGCUGCGGCAGUUUGGGCUUGCGGACCUGUUUCGAUACCUCUCAUACGUGGAGGCGUUCAAAAUGCUGCAGGCCGACGACGAGAACUACAUCCGCGAACGUGCGCUGGCGGGUCAGAUGCUGGAGAUCGGAUACCGCGAGCCGCCGCUGGCGUCCAAGGAGCACUUUGGCAUGUUUGACAUGUACCGGGCAGGGGUGCUGGGCAUUCCACGGCAAAAACUGGCGACGACCAAGGUGAAACGGCGACGGCGGAUCAUGAAGAAGCUGAAGAGUUACAAGCCGCGCAACAAGAUGAAGCGCGGUGAGUUCCUGGCGGCGCUUGGGUACACCGGCAAGACGUACGAGGAUGUGACUGUGGCGACAUGGCACUCGCUGUACGCACAAAGUGUGCCGGAGCUCACGCCGAAGAGCGUGGACCUCAAUCACACCAUGUCUGCGCUCAAGCGCAACUCGACGCUCACAGGAUCGUCGUGUUCGCUAAUUGAUUACGCUGGGACGCCACGGGCCGCCGAUUUGCCGCCGAUCCUGGCGCGCGAAGUCGGGCUCGCGACCGACACUCCCGAGUUUGACGUUGUCAUUGUGGUGACAGCAGUGGCGUUCUACCUCGGGUUUGAGGUGCGUGUGACGACAACGCCGCGGUCGACGGUGUCGGACUUGCGCGAGCUCAUUGGGGCACAGACUGGGCAUGCGCCGGAGCUGCAUCGGCUCUAUCACGAGGGUUUCCAUCUCCACGACUCGACGCGGAGUCUCGCGUCGUACAACAUUGGCGACGGCUCGCGAGUCUCUGUGGUCACGCUCCCGCUGACGCACCUGCUCGAGUCGGACAAGGUGUUUGACGGCGACGGAGCGCCUAACUUGCCGAACAUCUACGAGCACUUUCGGUGGGAGGGACUGCUGCGUGUGGCGGACGCGCUGCGGAUCAUCACAUCGGUGCAAGAGGUGCUUGCCCGCGAGCCAAACAUGGUCCACGUCUAUGAGCCGGUCAACGUGGUCGGCGAUCUGCACGGACAGUUCUACGACCUCGAGACGAUUUUCGAGGCGGGCGGGGACCACUUUGAGGGCGGCGUCAACUGGCUCUUCCUCGGUGACUACGUGGACCGCGGCUACUUUUCGUGCGAGGUCAUCUUGUACAUUUUUGCGGCCAAGCUCAGGUACCCUGCGGCGAUCAGCCUCGUCCGCGGCAACCACGAGUCAUCGUCGAUGACGCGGCGGUACGGCACGAUUUCCGAGUGCCGCCACAAGUACGGCGGCGAGGACGGAUCUGACACGACGGUCUUUGACGCCCUCCUCGAGUGCUUCCAGCACCUGCCGGUGUGCGCGGUGGUGCACUCGGCCGGGCAGAGGAUGCUGGCACUGCACGGCGGCAUCUCUCAAGAAGUGAUCGACUUGGAAGAGUACCUUGCCGGCUACGACCGGGUAUGCGAGCCUGAGGGUCCGGUCAAGGGCCUACUGUGGAACGAUCCAUGGGACGACUGCUACAUCGGGGUCGAGUGCGAGCCAGCGCCGCCGCCGGGAGCGCCACCGCAGAUUGAGCUCAACGCGGCGCACACCGAGCUCGACCUGCGGCUUCACCCCGAGCCUGUGCCAGACACGCGACCGGACGAGCUCGACCACGACUCGGAUAACUACUCGUCGAGUGGCGAGAGUCACGCCGGGCUGAGCGAGAAGGCUGACGACGACGGGCGCAGAGCAGACCUGACGGUCGACUUGACGGCAAGCAGCUUGUCGCGGACAGUGCCGCCGACGCCACACCCCAACGAGACGUUUUCCGGGAGCCGGCGGCGGAUACCGUCGUCGUCGUCAUUUGCAGACUUGCUUCCGCACGAGCAGCCUGUUCCCGCUGCCGACGUAGUGGAUGUCGACACGUCGCUGGAGGCGUCGCUUGAUCUCGCGCUCGAGGAAGAGGGAUCGUGGGACGGCGUGGAGCAAGAGGAGGAUGUUGACGGCGAGGUUGAGGCCAAAGACAAAGAUGGAACUCAGAGUGUCGGCCAACUCAAGUCGAAGAAAGCCAAGAAGGGCAAGAGCAAGGACAAGGACAAGGACAGUGGCAAGGGCAAGAAGAAGAAGAAGAAGAAAAAGAAGAAGAAGAAGAAGCGCAAGUCGAAGGACAAGGCCGAGAGCGAGUCGUGUGCGUCGUCUGCGUCGUCUGCGUCGUCUGCGUCGUCUGCGCGAUCAUCGGGCGUGCCGUCGCCAUGGGUCGACGAGUCGUCGACGAGCGACGGGGCCGGGGCCGAGUAUGACGGCGGAUGGGCCGCCAGGUUGGGCUCGUCGGGCGAAGCCGAGGGCGCCGGACCGGCGGCGGCGCGGGUGGACGGUGAGGCGGGUGUGGAGGCAACGAUGGACCCCCUGCUCGCGGCGACCGACUCGGUGAUGGAGCACGAGGAAGCCGAGGUGCUGGAUCGACUGGAGCGGUCAAAGGACGACCUCGUGUUUGACCUCAACCAGGUGCGAGAGCUGUCUGCGGACGAGCUUGCGGAGCUUCCGCCGCACGAGACGCUCGACGAGGCGUCGUUUCGGCCGUCGAUGCGCGGGCGGACGUGCCGGGAGUUUGACUACGCGGCGGUGUGCCACUUUCUGAAGCGCAACGGUAUGAUCUCGAUUCUCCGCGGGCACCAGGUCCCGCUUGACGACGGGUUCGACGUGUUCAAGCCUGGACCGCAGUACGACUUUCCGUCGAUUGUGACUGUGUUUUCCGCGCCCAACUACACCGACGACCACAUGCAGGUGGGCGGGAUGGCAGUGUUCCGCGAUGGCGUGAUGGUGUUGCGGCGGUACCCAUGGAAGCUGCAUCCUGUGUGCUACCCGGUGGGCCACAAGUACGCGUACACGCGGCAUCUGCACUACGAGGACUUUGUACAGUUCCUAGCGCACUUUUAUCCGCAGUGCACCAAAGUCGAACCGCUUUGGGUGCACCUCCGCAAGUCGGGGCGCGUGGCAGAGUUCAUUGCCACGGCCAACGCGCGGAUCGACGACCCGUCGCUGCACGUGUCAGUGGCGGAUUUACAGUAUGCGACCGAGCCGUGGGAGUUUCUGCGGGCGCACAUCACAGACAUGCUGGGCAACUCGGACAAGCCGAUGGUGCGCGACUUGCACAAGCAUAUCAUCCACGACGUGCACGCGUUCUACAACGGAUUCGACUACAUCCGGCACGCGCUCCGGCGCGAGGCCGAGUACGAGCGCAUGCCCGAGACGCUCGAGUCGUCCGACUCGGAGUCGGACAUGUUCUCGGACCUCUCGUCGUGCACCUCGAGCGACGACAUGGACGAGACCGGCGAGUUUUCAUCAUCGUCGUCGCUGAUGGGCUCAGACUUUUGAGUGAGUGAACAUAGAUACAGAAG